AGGUGAAGGUCCUUUCAUAUCCGCGUUCAACGACGAAAGUCUCACGAAGCACACCACCAUGGAAAACUUGAAACCAUUCAAACAUUUUGCAACAGAUGCUAUUCAUGCUGGACAGGAACCAGAACAGUGGAAAUGCAAAGCUGUUGUACCUAUGAUUUCCAUGUCAACAACAUUCAAACAAGAGGGACCUGGACAACAUUGUGGAUAUGAGUACUCCCGAAGUGGCAAUCCUACUCGUAAUUGUUUAGAAAAAUGCAUUGCUGCUUUAGAGGGGGCCAAGCUUGGAAUGGUGUUUGCCUCUGGUUUGGCCACCACUACUGCCAUCACUCACCUACUCAAACAGGGUGAUCACAUCGUCAGUAUGAAUGAUCUCUAUGGUGGAACAAACAGAUAUUUCAAGAAAGUGGCAUCAAGAAUGGGAAUUGAAACAUCAUUUGUGGAUUGCACUGUUGCCAAGAAUGUUGGUGCUGCAAUCAAACCCAACACCAAGAUGGUAUGGAUGGAGACACCUACCAACCCCACUAUGCAGCUAGUGGACAUUGAAGCAGUGGUCAGUGUGGUCAGAGCCAGCAACCAAGACAUCUUCGUGGUCGUGGACAACACCUUUAUGUCCUCAUACUUUCAGAGGCCGCUCAGUUUGGGAGCUGAUAUUGUGAUGCAUUCCUUGACCAAGUAUAUGAAUGGUCACUCUGAUUCUGUGAUGGGUGCAUUGGCCACUAACAGUGACAAACUUGGUGAAGAGCUACGGUUCCUACAAAAUGCAUUUGGACCAAUCCCAUCCCCAUUUGACUGUUUCUUGGUAAACAGAGGUCUGAAGACCCUCCAUGUUAGGAUGAAGGAACACAUGAAGAAUGGCUUGGCUGUGGCUAAAUUCCUGGAGUCCCAUCGAUGUGUGGAAAAGGUCAUUCAUCCAGGUGAGUAUCAGUGUAGUCCUGGAGUCCCACCGAUGUGUGGAAAAGGUCAUUCAUCCAGGUGAGUACCAGUGUAGGCCUAG